CUCAGAGUGCUUCACGUUGCACUUGAUACCUGAGCAAAGAAGGGGCAGGUAGAAGCUAUAAGGGUGCAGGUCCCCUAGGCACCCACCUGUAAAGACACUCCAGGCAGACCAAUCCAUGCCUUUCUUCUCUCAUUCCUGCUCUGGAGGACAGGUCUUUACCAGGAGCCUACUGUCAAACAGCUUGGAUGGCUGAAUAUUCAUGUGCAGCCUGUUUUUGGAGCCAGCGUGAGGGGAGCUGUCGAACUGCUGCUAAUGGCAGUUGAAAGUGUUAAUUUUCACACUGAGGUAAAACAUCCCAAAUUUUGGAGAUUUCGCUGGAGUCAGGGCCGAAGUUCCCAACAGCUUUAAAGUGUGCAGAUGUGAAAUGCUGAGUUUGAACAUUAAGUCCCUCUUAAAAUGCUUUAUUUCAUCUGAAAAGGUCUCAGACUUGGUGUUGCUUUCUCAAACUCAACUUUUUUUCCCCUCUUAGAGAGCUUGACUUCCUAUUGCAGCUUUGUUUAGUUGAGUUUAUGCAUUCUUAGGUCUAACAUUAUACAGUCCGACUGGGAAUCGUGCAGUCACAGUGGGAGAUGGGAAGGAGCAGAGUAAUUUAUUCUUUAAACAAUGGGAUCAUCUGCAUUUGAGUGCAAGUUAGUUAAUAAAAGGGGUUUUAGUGAAAUAAUAAUAAUAAGAGGAAUUUUGCCUGGGUUUUGCUUAGAAAUAGUUGCACUCAGAUGGGGAAUGUGGCCCUCAAGUUGUGCCACAGAGAGUAGCUUCAUCUGUAAGCAGCUACCCUGGUCACUCUUGCAUCCUUGAUGGAUGCAUCCUUAGGGAACUGGUGUCACGUCCUCUGUGCUGUGAUGAACUGGGCUGCUCUGCUUCUUCCCUGGCAAAGCAAAGGGAAGGGUCUGUCUCUGCGUGCUUGGGAGAAGAGUGGAGUAGGAACAGACUGGGAAGGCUGGAGGGCUUUGACCAGAUCCUAGAGCAAAACAGAGUGGAUAAUUACUGCUGGCAAAAAGAUAUCAUGAUACGCAUGAUACUAUUUAACCUGAGAUGAGCCCAUGCUAGGAUAAGCAGCAAUUCCAGCCGUGUUUAGAAGCCAAAUUAGGUAUUGAGUGGUGCCUGGUAGAGAAAUGCUAGGUGCAGGGAAAUUAGUGGUCUGACUCCCCAUAGCAUGAGCUGGGGCAGGACUUGACCUUGGACCUGCAGCGAGUACUGUGAGAGUUUCUCCUGGCCUGUAAACCAAGUAACUGAGCGUUAUUACGUACACGUGCACACAAUAGUGCUUGGAGCCUUUCUGCUGAGGUCUUUCCUUGGGGAUCCAUAUAAAAUACUUCUCACAAAAGCUGCCCUGUGCGCAAACAGAGGAAACUCCAUCUAGUGACGUAAAAAGAAAAGCCAACAAAACCUUUUCACACGUGUAUGUGUAUUACCUCUUAUCUUACUGCCAGUCUGUUGAAGAUAUCAGUCCAGCUACGCAGCGCUCACCAUAUGUGAGAAUUAAAGUGCUGCCUGGGAAGCACUUCCAGGCCCUGUUCUGUAUUCUGCCAGUGCAAGCAAAAAUGUCCCCUUUGUCGUGUCAGUGAAUGAAUAUUCUUGUUCCCCUUUCUCCUUGGAUUUAUGUCAACCCUGAGUUUCAACCGAGUUUGAUCUCCUUGCUUUAUUGUAUUGCAAACAGUAGUCAAUAGCUCUUCGGCUUGAGAUUGCCUGGAUUUAUUUUCAGGUCAAGUCAACUCUCCUUGACCCACAUCUGAACCAAAAUACAUUCCCAGAAGAUUCCCCCACAGGAUAUCAGUUCCAAAGACAGAGUGACAUUGUAAUGAGUUCAAGGUUCAGUACAACAGAGUCCCUGUUGGUGUGGGGAAGGCAAGCAAGCCAUCCUUCUUGUCUCAGAGCUGGGACCUCUCCCGGGGCUUUUCAGAGCAGAUUUUGUCAUCCACUGGUUGCUGCUCUUCAUAGGACAAUGCCAUUGAUUGCAUCCCUAGUAUUUGCAGUCUCCUGACUGGUCCCAGUUCUGUGCAUGUGUGUAUUCAUGGCUAUAAUGUGUGUGUGUGGGGAAUUUGGUGUGCAGGCUUUAAACAACUGAUGGGUUGCUCUGCAUUCAUGAUUUUUUUUUUUUUAAUUCAUUUUUCUUAAAGAGAACAAAAAAUGGCAUCUCCUUUGGGGAACUGUCUGGCACACAGGCAAAACCAAAUGAUAUUGCAUCAUAAAGUAAAAACACUGCUUUGAAGAGCUGGGACAAAAAUGGAAUGAACUCAUGAAUUUAUCCUGGAUGAUAAAUCUUCCUUCAAAAGAAAGCAGCCUUAUGUUUAGUACAAAAGACUGUUUAUUUCUUCUAUGGAAAAAAAAGAAGUGGUGUAAUCGGAUAGGAUUAACUUUCCAAGGGGCCCUGGACAGAAGCUGAAGUAUGGGCUGCCUUCUUGUGCUCACAUUGGAUAAUUUGAGCUCUGGAGUAGUCUAAGACCCCUCUGGCUUCCUACAGCAUUUGGCUGUGACCAGCUGCCAGCAUGACUUGCACCUAUAGCCAACAUUAAGAACCCCAGCAACAAGAGUUUCUAGAGGCAAAAGAAAUCCAAAUGCUUGGCUGGUAUAAGCAGCUUGUCUCAGCUGGGAACCUGGCCCAGGUGUGGGUAGAAAUACAGCCUUAUUGGUGUUCUUCAUCUCAAGCAGCAGUUAAAUACGUUUUUAGCAAAUACCAAUAGUGUACGGCAGACUUAAUGUUGCAUUAAGAAUCUUUGUGGGCUGUGUGUUCUGACUUUGUUGUUUUGACCAUUGGUGGUUGAUGUUGCAUUCGCCCUUUUAAUUUCAUCUACUCAAUUACCUAGGAACAGUCUUGUGCGUGCUUUUGUCAGCGGGAGCAAUGAUGCUUCCAAUUUCACACCUCAGUGGAAUGGAUGGGAAAGUUUUGACUGAGAUAGCUGUGUAAGCAAAGAGGCAAAAGCAAAGAGGAAAGUGAGAGCCCAGUUUGCAUGUGUGUGCGCUUUUAUUUUUGCUAGAAGUCCCAGGCAAUCCGAGUGAUAAGCAAGCCCCUUCAUUAAACCUUUCUGAUGGACCAAGUUGAGUUCCCUGUGCUUGAGCUGGGUAAGGUUCUGACUUGCCUGUGUUGAAUUAUUGUGUGAGAGCUGUUCAACGGUCAUUGCUACUUUGUGUUGGUAAGUUUGGCUGUUUUACCCUUGUUCCUCCAGGUAGAAUAAUUUUGAUAGAAUUUGCUUUGAUAGAAUAAUUUGCACGACAAUUUUUUGCAGGUAAAGGUCGUGGUCAUGAACAGUUACUGUAUGUUAACUUGUAUGCACCUUGAAGACCUUCCCAGAGCUAUUAUGAGAGCAGCUGUACAGCAGAACAACACUGAACCCAUUUGGGAUGAUUGGACUUGUGCUUACGGAGCUGUGUGAAGUUGAUCUGAGCCAGUCUUGAAAAUAGAGGCAUGUGAAUUGGAGAUAUCUGGGAGAACAGCUUUGCUUCUUGGCUAAUGCAGGCAAUUACAUUUAGGUGCCCGGGGGUGAAAGGAACAUCCCUUCCCAGGUUUUUGAUUCACUGGAGUGCCUGGCACCAUCUUGUUUCAGUCUUGUGCAUCUGAUGCAAUAGAAAAUGAAGAUACUUGUAGGAUUCUGAGAGGGAGCUGUCAUCUGGAGAGGAAAUGCGCACAGCAGUGGAUUCCAGCGUUCUCCAUGCUUCAAGCCAACCUGGGGGAAAUUGGAACCUGCAUCUCCUAUGCAGCUGCCCUAAAGAGGAGAAAGACAAAGAGCAGCUACAAUCCUGGGUGGCCCCAUUGAUUGAGACGCAUGUGAAGCAGUGCGUGCUUUAUAUUGUCUCCCUGAAUCAGCACUGUUCAUCAUCACUUGUCAAGAGGUAAAUGCUACAGGCAGUAUCCUCUCUGCCUGGAAAACACCAGUCUCCAGCUGCAGGUUCUCACAGGCCUAUUGGCAUAUGAUACCUCAGAUGCUGAAGCCCUGUGACAUCCCAAGAAGCUCAGUGUGAGCACAACAUCCCAGCCUGUCCCACCUAGCACCACCAGCCCGUGUCUGGGUGGGCAUUAAAUGACUUAAUUGUUUUCUGUUGAAGGGGAAGUGAAACUGGACUGUGCCACAGUCACGGCCUGCUGGACAUUCCUUGUUUCCUGCCAUUUCUCAGAGGUGUCUCCAGAUGUCUUACAGAGCGAGGAACGUGACUGGCAGAGGACAGAGAACCUUCAUGAAGGAGAGAGGAAGUAUGACAGUUUUCUCUAUCUCCACUGGUCAGAGCUCACCCCUAUGUGUGUUUAUCUUCAGCGCUGAGCACAGCAGAGUGUUGAUUUCAUGCAAAGCCCUGUGCUGCCCACGGACAUGGAUAGCAGAGGCUUGUGCUGGGAGAAUCCUGCUGCUGAAGACAGCCUGCUUGCUGUCACCCUUCAAACCAAAAAGCGCAGCUGUGGAGCUGGAGGCUGGGGCUGCUGGCUUUGUCAAGCAGUUGCCUGAUGUUCAGGAUUCAGCCUUUAGAGUUUCUCUGCACUGCCUGCAGUCUGGGAUGGCAAACUCCAGGUGUCAAGCCACAUUACAAUUGCUGAACAAGUUCUUGCUCAGUUCUCAUGGCAUAAAUCCACGUCCCAGGAGAGAAGGAAACUUGGAUGGGUCACUCGAAACCUGAAGUAAGCAAACAUGAAUGCACUUGAUUUGACUUCAAUCUUUGAUUUUCUGGAAAAGGCCAACUUAACGGAGAUCAACUGGAUGUGCAACAACAGCGACUGCAUCACAGUCGAUGCAACAGCAUGCCCCGGCACGCUCAACAAAAGUGCCCUGCUCUACACCCUGUCCUUCUUCUGCAUCUUUAUCUUUGUCAUAGGGCUGGUGGCCAACUCCGUUGUGGUGUGGGUCAAUCUCCAAGCCAAAAUGACUGGCUAUGAAACCCACCUCUACAUCUUCAACCUGGCCGUCGCCGAUCUGUGCGUUGUCAUCACGCUUCCUGUUUGGGUUGUCUCCCUCGUCCAGCAUAACCAGUGGCACAUGGGAGAAAUCACGUGCAAAAUAACUCACCUUAUAUUUUCCAUCAACUUGUACGGCAGCAUCUUCUUCCUGGCAUGCAUGAGCGUGGACCGCUACCUCUCAGUUGCCUAUUUCACCAAUUCUAGUAAUCGCAAGAAGAAGAUAAUCCGCCGCUGCAUCUGCAUCCUGGUGUGGCUUCUUGCCUUUUCUGCAUCUCUGCCAGACACCUAUUUCCUUAAGACAGUCUCUACCAGCAAUGAAACCUACUGCCGUCCCUUGUAUCCCGAGGAGAGCUUCAAGGAGUGGUUGAUCGGCAUGGAGCUCAUCUCUGUCGUUUUGGGCUUCCUUAUCCCUUUUCCAGUCAUUGCUCUCUUUUACUUCCUCCUUGCGAAGGCCAUCUCUGCCUCCAGCGACCAAGAGAGGAAGAGCAGUGGGAAGAUCAUUUUCUCCUACGUGGUGGUGUUUCUUGUCUGCUGGCUACCUUACCAUACAACUGUCCUUCUCGACAUCUUCUACAGUCUUCAUUUCAUACCCUUCAGUUGUCAAAUGGAGAACUUCUUGUACGCCACGCUUCACAUCACUCAGUGUUUCUCUCUAGUCCAUUGCUGCGUCAACCCCAUCCUCUAUAGCUUCAUUAAUCGCAAUUACAGAUACGAGCUCAUGAAAGCCUUUAUUUUCAAGUACUCUGCCAAAACUGGUCUCACUAAGCUUAUUGACGCUUCCAGAGUGUCAGAAGCGGAGUAUUCUGCUCUGGAGCAAAAUACCAAAUGACUGCAACUCCGGCAAGAACCCUCCUUGACUCUCUGACUUUUUUUUUCCCCCCCUUUCCUUAUGCUUGUUAUGAACGGGGCAUGAAUUACAGCCUACAGAAGAGAAAUAGCAAACUGUAAUUUAAGAGUAGAAUCAGGCACAAUAUGGAAGUGGUACCAAAACUAAGCGUUUUGUUUGUGUGUUUUGUUUGAUCUCCUCCUAGCCCAGUCUGGACUUCUUGACAAUGCUAUGCAAAUGGAACCGACUUCCUAGCAGACAAAGCCAUUGUGUACCAGAGAUAACAUUCGUUUUCAGGAUAAGCUUUUUCCUUCCAUGUGUAGAUUCCCUCUUGUCUCAUUGUAUAUGUUAUUAUAUAUAGUAUGUUGUAUUUAAAAGCUCGAGACUUUAUUUUCUGGCUAUCGGUGUACCUUAUACAAUUGUAUUUGAAAAUGAAAUAUAUUUUUAUCAUGUAUUUGAAGUAUAUUGCUGUUGAGUGUAUCCAGAGUGCUGUAGUCUGAGUGUUAGGCUGCCAUUUGGUUUUAACUGUCCUUGCUAAGAGGAUGACAAUGAAAGGCAGUAUGGCAAUGAUCUCUGAUGUGCAUCCUUGCUGGCUGGCACGGUUCAUUGACCAUAGCUUUAUGUGGUGGUCGUAGCCGUGUGUCUGGAGCAUGAAAUGUAUGUGCUGUAAUAUAGCUACCAUCAUGUUAAAAUUAACAGUAUUGUAAGAGUUGUUAACUCUUAUGCCCGGACUUCACAAACCUGUAUCUUUAUGCACAGAAUGAAUGAUCUUGCUUCUGAGAGUUGUCUCUAUUUGUAAGUUAUUUUUGUAAAAUAAAGAUCUGGAAAAACUACGUGUA